AUGGCCGCUGAGUGUGCACAAGUCGUCACGUUGGCGGACAAACAAAAAUCCUCGGGAAAGUCUAUUCCACCCCCAAAGAGCAUUUGUCAACCCUUCACUCUACGGCUGGUUUUGGGGGUUCCGAUCAUCAAGGAGGAAAACAAGAUCUUUAAUGAUCUGGAGAGCCUCUUUUCAAAGUAUGCGCGAAUCGAAGCUCUUUCCGCAAACCCACUUUCCGAUAAAAUAGAUGUUGACCUUUUUUGGAACCAUAUGCAGACUGGUGUGAACACUGUUGUGAAGCUGUUGGAGGAUGCGGUACGCGAGACCUCGACAUCCAAAUGUCUGGAUCCCUUCGCCGUAGUUUUGCUUGAUUUUGCCUGGCUCAACUCUCAACUAGGGCAUCAUUUAGCCCACAUCUGCUCUGGAACGCCUCACACAAGCCUCCUUGCUGUCAGCCCUCCUGGGAAACUCGGAAAGAUGGUGAAUUCAUCCAGCAAGGUAAUCUGUGUGGGAAUUAGACCAUUAAUGACACCGCAAUGUGCGCGCUUACCACAACUGCGCGACUUCCUUCGAGCUUGUGCAGCGCUAACGGGCAAACCACUGCCUCCUGACCCUGCGGCUUCUACUACGGCAUCACUUACCGCUGCCUCAGUGACGGCAUCAGGGGGCGCCGAAGGCGGUGUCGCGGGAGCCACCGUCGGGUCCACUCCCCAAUACGUUCCCAUCUUGCCAAAACCCCCUACUACCGUCUUCGUCUCCCCCCAUGCCAACGUCGACAUCACUCCUGCUUCUACUGGAUACGUGGUUGCUGCCGGUGGUGGUACUCCUGGUCUCAUCUCGAACUCGGUAUGUACUCUUCCCUUUGGAAAUGGUCUUGAUUCUACACCAUCCAUUUUAAAUGGUGUGCCUCCUGACAACACUUCACAACUGUACUCUGCUUCUCCAUCUUUUCUGAAAUAUCAAUGUCUUUUCAACUACUUGCUCCCCUUCCAUUAA